UUUCCGGAACACGAUCAAACCUAUUGUUUGGCGCCUGACUGCCGCCUCCUCCUCUUCCAUUUCACUGUCGAUUUUCUUGCUUAUUUCAGAGAAAAAAAAAACACUCCGAAAAACCUCACAAAUGGAAGAAACACAAACUCCGCCGCCUCCGAAGCGGAAAACACCGGAGGAAGCACAAAUUGGGGAAACCCCACAGCAGGAUUCCGCUCAAAAGCGACGAAACCAAACCCGGACUUGCGUCCACGAGGUUGCUGUACCAGCCGGGUACGUUUCAACUAAAAACGAAACUCUUCACAACACUCUCUCUAACCCUCAAUUUAACGGCGAAAUGGCCAAGAAAUACCCGUUUCCACUCGACCCGUUUCAGACAGUAUCCGUUGCAUGCUUAGAAAGAAACGAGUCUGUUCUUGUUUCCGCUCACACCUCCGCCGGUAAAACCGUGGUGGCGGAGUACGCCAUUGCUAUGGGCUUUAGAGAUAAACAACGAGUUAUUUACACUUCCCCGUUAAAAGCUUUGAGUAAUCAAAAGUAUAGGGAGUUGCACCAGGAGUUUCAAGAUGUCGGGUUAAUGACCGGCGAUGUGACCUUAUCUCCCAAUGCUAGUUGCUUAGUUAUGACCACUGAGAUUCUUAGGGGUAUGCUUUAUCGAGGCGCCGAGAUUUUGAAAGAAGUUUCUUGGGUUAUUUUUGAUGAGAUUCAUUAUAUGAAGGAUCGCGAACGGGGGGUUGUUUGGGAGGAGAGUAUUAUAUUUUUGCCUCCUGAGAUUAAGAUGGUUUUUCUUUCGGCAACUAUGUCAAAUGCUACGGAAUUUGCUGAGUGGAUUUGUCAUUUGCAUAAGCAGCCUUGUCAUGUUGUUUACACCGAUUUUCGACCUACUCCUUUGCAGCAUUAUGUGUUUCCAAUGGCGGGUGCUGGCUUGUAUCUUGUUGUUGAUGAGAAUGAGCAGUUUAGGGAGGACAAUUUUAUGAAACUUCAAGAUACCUUUGCCAAGCAGAAAAUUGGGGAUGGGCAUAAGAGCUCGAAUGGUAAAGGAAGUGGAAGAAUUGCUAAAGCUGGAAAUGCUUCUACCGGGUCUGACAUUUACAAAAUUGUCAAGAUGAUUAUGGAACGAAAAUUUCAACCUGUCAUAGUGUUCAGCUUCAGUAGAAGAGAGUGUGAACAACAUGCAAUGUCUAUGUCCAAGCUUGAUUUUAACACCCCAGACGAAAAGGAUCUCGUCGAGCAAGUGUUCAAAAAUGCAAUACUCUGCUUAAAUGAGGAAGACAGAGAGUUGCCUGCUAUUGAGUUGAUGUUGCCGCUACUUCAGCGAGGCAUUGCUGUACAUCAUUCUGGUCUCCUUCCUGUCAUUAAGGAACUUGUAGAGCUUCUUUUCCAGGAAGGCCUUGUAAAGGCCUUAUUUGCUACAGAGACAUUUGCCAUGGGUUUAAACAUGCCAGCAAAGACUGUUGUUUUCACAGCUGUUAAGAAGUGGGAUGGUGAUAGCCAUCGCUACAUUGGAUCCGGAGAAUAUAUCCAGAUGAGUGGAAGGGCUGGGCGGCGUGGUAAAGAUGAUCGUGGUAUUUGUAUAAUAAUGAUUGAUGAACGGAUGGAGAUGAAUACAAUUAAGGACAUGAUUUUGGGUAAACCAGCUCCCCUAGUUAGUACAUUCAGACUGAGCUACUAUUCUAUUUUGAAUCUAAUGAGGCGCGCUGAAGGCCAGUUCACUGCUGAACAUGUGAUAAAAAAUUCAUUCCAUCAGUUUCAGUAUGAGAAGGCUUUACCUGACAUAGGGAAUAAAGUUUCUAAACUGGAGGAGGAAGCUGCUAUGCUGGAUGCUUCAGGAGAGGCUGAAGUAGCUGAAUAUCAUAACCUAAAGCUGGAGAUGGCCCAACUUGAGAAGAAGAUGAUGACAGAAAUUAGAAGGCCUGAAAGGAUUCUAUUAUAUCUUUGCACUGGUCGACUGAUCAAGGUAAGAGAAGGUGGAACUGAUUGGGGUUGGGGAGUUGUAGUAAAUGUUGUUAAAAGACCUGUUACUGGGUCAGUGCCAUCCCGUGGUGGCUCUUAUAUAGUGGAUACUUUACUUCAUUGCUCACUUGGAUCAAAUGAGAGUGGUUCGCGGCCAAGACCUUGCCCACCACGUCCUGGAGAAAAUGGUGAGAUGCAUGUGGUCCCUGUCCAGUUGGAUCUGAUAUCUGCUCUAAGUAAAGUCAGAAUAUCUGUUCCUUCUGACCUUCGACCACUAGAAGCAAGACAAAGUAUACUGCUGGCAGUGCAGGAGUUGGGUACUCGGUUUCCUGAAGGUCUUCCCAAACUAAAUCCUGUGAAGGACAUGCAAAUUGAGGAUCCUGAAAUUGUUGAUUUGGUUAACAAAAUUGAGAAUAUGGAAAAGAAAUUGCUUGCUCAUCCACUGCAUAAGUCUCAAGAUCUGAGUCAGAUCAAAAAUUUCCAAAGGAAGGCAGAGGUCAAUCAUGAAAUUCAACAACUCAAGUCAAAAAUGCGGGACUCGCAGCUCCAGAAAUUCCGUGAUGAAUUGAAGAAUCGUUCACGGGUUUUGAAAAGGCUUGGACAUAUAGAUGCAGAUGGCGUGGUCCAGCUAAAAGGCAGGGCAGCAUGCUUGAUAGACACAGGAGAUGAACUACUUGUUACUGAACUGAUGUUUAAUGGUACCUUUAACGAUCUCGAUCAUCACCAAGUUGCGGCUCUUGCAAGUUGCUUCAUUCCAGUAGAUAAAUCAAAUGAGCAAAUACAUUUGAGGUCAGAGCUUGCCAAACCAUUACAACAGCUCCAAGAAAGUGCAAGAAAAAUAGCAGAGAUACAAUUUGAAUGUAAAUUGGACGUAAAUGUGGAUGAGUACGUGGAAUCAACAGUGAGGCCAUUCUUGAUGGAUGUGGUUUACUGUUGGUCGAAGGGAGCUAGCUUUGCAGAAGUCAUACAAAUGACAGAUAUCUUUGAAGGUAGUAUCAUCAGGAGUGCAAGGAGACUAGAUGAGUUUCUGAACCAGUUGAGUGCUGCUGCGCAAGCUGUGGGGGAAGUCAGUUUGGAGAAGAAAUUUGCGGCAGCAAGUGAAACCCUUCGUCGAGGUAUUAUGUUUGCCAAUUCUCUUUAUCUAUGAGUGAUGUUCUUGCAGGCUCUUAUGACCGGGAAAUUCAAUCAACCGUGCCCUAUUGAUAGAAAAGUGUACACUGCUAGCUUCUUAAGAUGUGCCCUGAACAUAUACAAGUAUAGGUUCUCUAUUUCACACUCUCAGCUCUUCAUGCAAUAAGUUUUUUUUCUUUCAAAUGUUGCAUAUAGUGUGCGGGUUGUACAUUACAAUAUGAGAAAUGACAUUGAUUGAAAGCCUUUUCUAUUGAGUAUGCUCUUAACUGUC